GUCUUUACUACAAGUUGCAUGGUGUCCAUCGCCCUGAUUCUAUGAAAAAGACCGUUAUCAAGCGAAGAAAGCGCGUCCCGGCAGCUGCAUCAAAAUCUGCCGGUGGCCAUUCUUCAGGGACCGACGGAAAAACUACUGGGACGGAGCCAGUCGACCUCUCUGGGGCCCCAUAUCAUCCUAGCCUCCACGCUCACAACGAGUCUCAGAUGCAGAUGACCGACAGAGCUGCUGCAGAGGCCUUGGUGGCUGUAGGACGUGUCCGACGACAUGUAGGCAAUGGGAGCGACUACUCUCUUACACCUCAUCGCGUCUACUCUCCCGACAUAUGGGGCGACGGAGAGCCCAAACGCAAAAGACAACGCAAGGACAUCGACGGGCCCGUUGAUGACGACAAUGGCGACGACGUCGACAUGGACAUUGGCCAUUCUCGACCAUCCAGCCAUCCUUCAAAACAAAGAGAAAGUCCAACUGAACUAGCAGCGCGUGGGGUGGUGGCGGACAAGCACAGACAUAAUUUACCGCCUCCGCCCCCCUCGGAGAGACUCGAGACUACGACAUUGACCCUUUCGAGUUCAUCCGUCGGUCGAGGACUAAGUCGGAGCGGGACCCCUGCGGAAUUAUCUACGCGUGACAAUGGGUUCACCCAUACUAUUACCCGUGCCCAAUCGGUGCCACAGCCCCCUGCUCGUCCUUCUCAACCUACUAUUCCACAUUCCCAUUCAAAUCCAGUCUAUCCGAACAAUCGACACAGUAGUCAUCAUCAGCAUUCCGACUCUCAUUCACUCAUAUCUCCAGUACCGCUUCCGAGGACAUCGUCCCCCCGUCUUCUCAAUGGCCACGCUCACUCAAUCGAUACCAGGUCUUCUUCACCCUAUCCUGACAGCAAACAAGAUUCUCGAUCAUAUGAUAAAAAAGAUCCUGAACUGCGAAGCAACGGCUGGCAGCAGCAGCGACAACGCUUCGGUGCCAAUAACGUCGAACUUCCUCCACUCGCCGAUAUCCAGGCUAAUCUUGAUAGGGACGAAGAAUCACGCAGGUCUUCUAGACCCCAGAAUUGGAAUACCCGUGGUGGUCAUGAGGAUAAUGGUAUCACCCGAAAUUCGAUGCCGAUGCAAUCGUCACCUCCGCCCCUGGUAGAAGCGUCUGCUCAGUAUACGAACAAUGGCCAUCCCUCGAGAACCUCUUCUUCGAGCCCUCCUAUUCAUCAAAGGGACGAAAGGGGUGUGUAUGUGAAUGGUUAUUCGACGCGUCGAACAGGGAAUUCUGAUGACAGAUCGAAUGGGAGC